AUGACAAAAAUAAUUAUUAAGCCUAAACAUUUUUUAAACGGGGAAAUAACAGAAGAACAGAUAAUUGCACUUCCACAUCCUAAAACACAAAUACCUGUUCGCUAUCUUAUUCAAAAACCACAACUUUUACAAUUAAUUAAAGUCAACGAUUCUUACAAAAAAGGAAGCUGGUUUAUUAAUAACAAUAUUGUAAAAGAUGGUACUAUUUACCUUGCAACACCGUUCGAUCUUGUAUUUUUUGCAAUCCCCAAAUCAGAGUAUUUAGGAAAAUAUCUUCUUAUGGAUGAUAUUUUAGAUCUUUUUUCAGAAUACCACUUUCCUAUCCUUAUUUCAUCUUUAGGUCCUCAAAUGAAAUACGCUAUUCGUUCUAUUUGUCAUGAACUUGAUUCAUCUCCAUCAUUUUUUCGUUUUGACGAAUCUCUUUUACUGAAAAUUAUGAGAACUAAAGUUAAAAAGGUUGCAUCUCAUUUGCCCAAAAGUAUUGAAUUUGAAGCUAUAAUUAAAAACUUUACGGAUAAUAUUCAAGAAAGAGAACUAAAUGACGAAAAAAAAACUAGUGAACUGGAAAAAAUCAUCCAAUUAGCACGUAUAAAGGCAGCAAUGCAGUUAAUUAAUAACUAUUUACCCGUUAAAUAUGCAAAUCUUCUUCUUCAAUCAGAAGAUUUUACUCCUUUAUCUUUAUAUUUACAAAAGUUACAAACUCAUCGAGCUAGUACUUUUCUUAUACAAAACACCAAUCACUUUACAGCUGAUUUCUAUUUAAAAAAAGAUACAGUUUCUAAAGAAAAAAAUACAAAUAAGAGAAGUUCUGAAAGUAAUAAUACUAAAAUACAGAAAAAAAUUGAUACAAAACAAAUGAAUAAAAUUACUUCUUUCUUUAAAACGCAAAAUAGGAAUUAA